GUGUUCACCACACUUCAACUUCUUCAUCUUCUUCAUACAUCUUCUUUAAUUUUCAUUCUAAGCCAUAUUUGCCUUCAAAUUUAUCUCACUAUUUUUAAUUCCAAGUCUUACCAUGUCCACACUCAACCAAAGCAGCUCCCUCAAUAGUUGCACCAAGUUUCCCAUCCCUUCCCGUGACAACCAUGUAGUAGAUGAAAUCCAAUCCCAACCCUUUGACUACUCAAAACGCGCCCAAUGGCUGCGUGCGGCCGUCCUUGGUGCCAACGAUGGCCUUGUCUCUACGGCAUCUCUCAUGAUGGGUGUUGGUGCCGUCAAGCACGACGUCAAGGCCAUGAUCCUCACUGGCUUUGCCGGUCUCAUUGCCGGUGCUUGCAGCAUGGCAAUCGGUGAGUUUGUUUCGGUCUAUUCUCAAUUGGAUAUUGAAAUGGCGCAUAUAAAAAGAAGCAGUGAUCACAGAAAGGAGUUGGAGGAAGAGGAGAGAGAAAAAUUACCGAACCCUCUUCAGGCGGCGACGGCUUCCGCCCUGGCCUUUUCUACGGGGGCAAUAGUGCCACUAUUGGCUGCGGCGUUCAUAAGGGAGUAUAGGGUUCGGCUCGGGGUGGUGGUAGUGGCAGUCACGGUGGCCUUAGUUGGGUUCGGCUGGUUGGGAGCGGCAUUAGGGAAGGCGCCAACGGUUAGGUCGGUGGUUAGGGUCCUGAUUGGAGGGUGGGCAGCUAUGGCCGUGACUUUUGGAUUGACUAAGUUGAUUGGAUCGAGUGGACUAUGAGAGAACAAUUUUUAUUUUAUACUAUAAAAAAAAAUAUUUACUUUUAAUUAAUAUCAUUUUUGUCAUUUGCAAAAUCAUUUUAAAACAUUAUCUUAAUCUUUAAAAAUUAAUUUGGAUGAAAUAUACGUCAAUAACGUUAUUAAAAAGAUAAAUUUUAAUAUUAAAUUAUUUUUAAAUGAUUGAACGAUGGGUUUUAGAAUAAUUUUAAAAAUGACAAAUAUGAUUUUGACGAGUUUCUACUAACUUUCGUAAUAUGUAGUAUUUAUUAGCAGGUAAAAAUAUGUCACAUCACAAAGUUAAGUAGAAUUGUUCUUUGUAAUCGGUGUGUAGGUAAGUAUAUUGUGGGGUGGACAGAGAUCGAGUGGAAUUUUGGUUUGAUUUUAUUUGCCUUAGUGGUUAUUGUUGAUUGGGGUAAUAUAAUUGUUGUUUGAUAUUUGGUGGUGUAUGUAUAUGCUUAAAUAGUUGUAUAUAUUGUAAAAGAGAAGGAGAAGGCGAACCUAUAUAGCCAAACUUAAUUUCUAUGGGAUAUUUUUAUGUACUUACUAAAUCUUCUCUCUUAAUAAAUGUCUUGGUGAAAUAA